CACCAACUUCAGAAAAGUAAGUGCUUGUGUGAAUCCAACAACGUAGCUCUCUCCCCCUCUUUUGUUGCGGCCGAGUUAAGCUCAGGUAUGGUGAAUCGUGAUCAAACGUCCAUCCCAUCUCCUUUAUCAUCGGUAGCCCCUUAUCAAAAGCGGAUAGCUAUUCCUGCUUAUGCAUUCAAUACGAUUAUUCCCCCUCUGAUGGACAUGGCUCCUGAUGUUAUUAAAAAUGCUCCCUGCUUGUGUUUCUGCCUCUUUGUGUCAGGAACAAGCUAUGGAUCAUGUGUCGGAAGAUCAGGUGAUCCAAUUUUCCAUUGACGAGGUGCAAUCCACGAAAUUCCGUGCAACACGCACACUAUUGGGGAGACUGCUCACUACUGAUCAAAUCGCGAUCUUGGAGCUGCGAGAUGUACUAAUCGAUGCUUGGCAAAUCAAAGGGCGGGUAAAAGUUUCUAAGGCCAGCCAUGAUUUGUUCAAAAUCAUGUUACCUAACGAAGAGGCAAAGAAAUGGUCUUUAAAGCGCACUCCAUGGGUCAUCAAAGACAAGCUCCUCAGCCUUCGAUCCUGGACGCCCUCGAUUUCUCGUCAAAUCUUUGAGGAACUAUUCGUAUCGCCUUUUCGCAUCCAACUCUGGGGUGUGAAAGAUGAUUGUUGCACCAAGCUCUUUGGGCGCAAAAUAGUGGCCUCGGCUAUUGGUCAGGUUUUGGAAUCAUAGGUUUUCGCCUGCAAAGAAACAGGGGAGCGCUUUAUUAAAGUGCGUACUGUUAU